CUCUCUCUCUCUCGCGCUCUCCCUCUCUCUCUCUGUCUCAUUCUUAUCAGUGUGCAAGUUUCAAUAGCUCAGGGUCCGCCCAGCCUCGCUGUUUCGCCACCGCAAAGCUUCCUCGGGCGGAUUUUUUUCGACAAUCGAUCAGGCGCACAUGUCACGUCCUGGAGGAAGUGACCUGGGACACUGAGCGAGUACCUCAGCAACCGCCGCACGCGCGUCCUUCCCUCUCCGCCGCAACGCCAAGAUGCCUCUCCGCGUAGUCUUGCAGGGUCCCGGACCGUGGGGGUUCCGACUCGUCGGGGGAAAAGACUUUGAGCAACCUUUGACUAUUUCCAGGGUCACCCCUGGAAGCAAAGCCGCACAGGCCAACCUAUGUAUUGGAGAUAUGAUCUUGGCUAUUGACGGAGAACCCUCGGAGAACAUGACUCACCUGCAAGCCCAGAACAAGAUCAAGGGGUGCAUAGAUGAGAUGGCCCUCUCCAUAGACAGGUCAGAAGCUAAACUGUGGUCACCGCUGUCAUCUGACGAAGGCAAAACAAACCCGUACAAGAUGAAUCUUGCAUCGGAGCCACAGGAGGUGAAACACAUCGGCUCUGCACACAACAGGAGCGCUCUUCCCUUCACCGCUUUUGGUUCGAAGGUGGUGACCAACCAAUACAACAAUCCUGCUGGGCUCUACUCCUCGGACAACAUCAAGGACUUCAACUCGGCCGUGGAUGACGUCAAAACCCUGACUAUACCCAACGAGCCCAGCAACAUAGCGGAUCCAUCCAAGUCAGGGAAGAGACCGCCUGUCGUGGCAGACUCUGAAGUCUAUAAAAUGCUGCAGGAGAACCAAGAUUCUGGCGAGCCUCCCCGGCAGUCGGCUUCAUUCAAAGUCCUUCAGGAGAUUCUGGAGACAGGCGACGCUGAUAAACCAUCAGGGUUCCGGAGUGUGAGACCCCCCACAACAAAGAUUGGGGCAUCAGUAGGAAAUGCAGAGAAAUUAUCCGUAUGUGACAAAUGUGGAUCAGGGAUUGUGGGCAUGGUGGUGAAGCUGCGGGACAAGUUCCGUCACCCCGAGUGCUACACCUGCACGGACUGCGACGUCAACCUCAAGCAAAAAGGACAUUUCUAUGUGGAGGAGCAGAUUUACUGUGAGAAGCACGCGCGGGAGCGGGUGACUCCGCCCGAGGGGUACGACGUGGUCACCGUCUUCCCCAAGUAGACCGCUCGCCGGACGCCGCCUCGGACUGCACGCCACUAUCGGAUGCCACGGAACGAUCCCAAGACGUUACCGCUUUCCCAGGAAGACCCGCGGAGCGCUGCCUUUCCUGAUACUGCGCUCCAUUAAACAAAGUAUAGGGUUACACAACUGAACGUGUCGAUUUGCACAUGAGCUUUGGCAUCCGACAAAUGAGAGCGGUGAAUGCUAUGAGGAUGAUUACAGAUUUGCUGAUUUGUACUUUUUUUUUUGGAAAUAUCCGCGUCCUCGACAGUUCAGAUUUCUAUUUGAGUAUCAAUUCAGCACGGGCAAGCUGCUGCUGCUGUAAUGUAGUAAUAUAAAUGCUUUAUUUUGUACAUGUUUAUUAUCUCCUCCCGUGACUUGUAAUGAAUGAUGGUCUGCACCCCAAAAAAAAACCCAUUGCAUAUGUUCUCCA